AUGGAUCAAAUGGGCCAGGUGUUGCUUCUCAUGCAACAACAACAAAUGAUGGCCUUAAAUAUGCAACAACAACAACAGAUGAUGGCCACUUUGAUGAGAGCCUUGGCCCAGAAUUUCGGCAUGCCGGAACCUGAAGCACCCAGCUUAGCUACGCCCAUGACCAACACGAACAACCUAUAUGAGCGGUUCCAGAGGCAUAGGCCGUGUACUUUUGAAGGCACCUACCGCCUAGAGGAAGUGAAAUACUGGCUCAACAGAGUCAUCAAGUUGCUACGGUCUCUCCACUAUUCUGAAGUGGAGAAUGUCGAGCUCAUCUCAUAUCUCUUUGAGAAGGAGGCGGACCUAUGGUGGGAGAGCGUCCUUCGAUCCAUUUUCAAGAAUCACAUAUGGACGUGGGAGGCAUUCAAGGCCCGCUUUAAUGAGAAGUAUAUCCCUCAAUCGUAUCAGCAUGAGAGGGAUAAUGAAUUUCUCCGCCUCCAACAAGGGAGGAUGAGCGUGGCUCAAUAUGAGAACCACUUUACGGAACUCUCCCGCUACGCUUCCGAGAUGAUCGCCAAUGAAGCGAUCAAGAUGAGACGAUUUACGGCAGGAUUAAGGAACGCCAUCCGCUAG